CGUCCCGAAAGGGCUGUGAGGCUGGAGUGUUAUGGCAGCUUCUGCUUCUUCUUUUUGUUUUUCUUUUUUCUCUCUUUCUUUGUGCUGACAGGGAAAACAUGAUACUGUUAUACUCACUCCACAGGAUAAUUCGAAUCAAUGAGCUGCUUCUGACUUCUUAUUCUGCUGCUACGGAGUCUGGCGAUAUCCGUCUACAGUUAAGCAACACUUCGGUAUUAUCUUCAAGAAUAUUUUUCAUCAUUCACCACUAUACAUGCGAGACGCCCGUAUGGGUUAAUGGAAUCAAUCGCCUAAGGAUGAAACAUAACCCAUACCGAAUGACAGUGCAAAAAUUGGUAAUACUUAGAAUUUGCCUUGACAAACAAUGGACAUUGCAUGAUAUCUACGUGGCAGCCAGCUUGGUUGACAAUUACGUGAAAAAACACCAUGGUUGCAGUUCAAUCAUAUAUUGCUAUGGGUAUAACUCAGGAGUCAAGAUGGGCGAACAAAAUGCAAGACCACUUCGGUACCUUGACAGAAAAAGGCAAACAUCGAUAAUUCAACUCGCAAGUCGCGAAGUCAUAACAACAUAGCUCAUAGACAAAAUUCCCCUCGGUACAACCGAGCAAGUGAAGAAAGCAAAUAAACCAUCCACCAGAUGGUUGCAUAAGCGGGUUCAAUACCCCGCUAUUCCACAGGCACAGUCAAGCGAAUCAAGCCCGACAGACAGUUGGGUAGUGCAAGGUAUUCCCAUAAAGAAGUGG